AUGUACAAGCUGAGCAUGUACAAGCUGAGCAAGUACAAGCUGAGCAAGUACAAGCUGAACACGGACAAGCUGAACACGGACAAGCUGUACAAGUACAAGCUGUACAAGUACAAGCUGAACACGGACAAGCUGAACACGUACAAGCUGAACGCAUACAAGCUGUACAAGUACAAGCUGAACACGGACAGGCUGAACACGUACAAGCUGGACACGUACAAGCUGAACACGUACAAGCUGGACACGGACAGGCUGAACACGUACAAGCUGAACACGGACAGGCUGAACACGUACAAGCUGGACACGUACAAGCUGAACACGUACAAGCUGGACACGUACAAGCUGGACACUUACAAGCUGGACACGUACAAGCUGAACACGUACAAGCUGAACACGUACAAGCUGAACACGUACAAGCUGAACGCGUACAAGCUGUACAAAUACAAGCUGAACACGGACAGGCUGAACACGUACAAGCUGGACACGUACAAGCUGAACACGUACAAGCUGGACACGUACAAGCUGAACACGUACAAGCUGAACACGUACAAGCUGGAUACGUACAAGCUGAACACGUACAAGCUGAACACGUACAAGCUGAACACGUACAAGCUGGACACGUACAAGCUGGACACGUACAAGCUGAACACGUACAAGCUGAACACGUACAAGCUGAACACGUACAAGCUGGACACGUACAAGCUGAACACGUACAAGCUGGACACGUACAAGCUGAACGCGUACAAGCUGAACGCGUACAAGCUGAACACGUACAAGCUGAACGCGUACAAGCUGUACAAGUACAAGCUGAACACGGACAAGCUGAACACGUACAAGCUGAACACGGACAAGCUGGACACGUACAAGGACAAGCUGAACAAGGACAAGCUGGACACGUACAAGCUGAACACGGACAAGCUGGACACGUACAAGGACAAGCUGAACAAGGACAAGCUGGACACGUACAAGCUGAACACGUACAAGCUGAACACGUACAAGCUGGACACGUACAAGCUGAACACGUACAAGCUGGACACGUACAAGCUGAACACGGACAAGCUGUACAAGUACAAGCUGAACAAGUACAAGCUGAACAAGUACAAGCUGAACAAGUACAAGCUGAACAAGUACAAGCUGAACAAGGACAAGCUGAACACGUACAAGCUGAACAAGGACAAGCUGAACACGUACAAGCUGAACACGUACAAGCUGAGCACGUACAAGCUGAACACGUAUAAGCUGAACACGUACAAGCUGAACACGUACAAGCUGAACACGUACAAGCUGAACACGGACAAGCUGGACACGUACAAGGACAAGCUGAACAAGGACAAGCUGUACAAGCUGUACAAGUACAAGCUGGGACCUGCGGGGAGUGGUGGGCAUCACCAAGGAUGUGCGCACAAAUAUUAUAAUCACCACGUCUCCUUCAACGCGUUUCCUAAUGCCUUUGUGUCGGAAGUCUCCGCUGGAGACAUAAUCCCCGCCCGCCCGACCAAUCGUCGCCUGGUUUGA